UCGGUCGGGUGUGGAGUAUGCUACUCCAUGGCGGUUUUGUUUUGUUGUCGGUUCGUGACCUGUGAUUUCAUCGUUACUUUAUCGGACGAAAUUCGCGUAAAACAAACUCAGAAUCGAGUUUAUUUGAAUCUCCGUGAGUUCAUCCUUUCUCCGACUUAAUCAGUGAAACUCUAUGUCUUCGAGUUGUUCUAAAUUCGAACGAUGUGACGGAUAAAAUUGUGCGUUUUGAUCGGUGUUUUUGCACUGCAGCGUUCUUGCGAUUGAUUUCUGUCGCGUUUUGAAGUUUAACUGUGCGGAUAUCCUCUCCCGAUGUGAAAUCAUUAUUUUUAAAGUACUUAGACCAUCCUCAACAGACGAGGAGGUGAAUUGAUUUUAUCUGCAUGUUGUGAUGCCCGGUCAUCUAGUGUGUUUUAAGUCUCCAGUUUGGACAACCAAAGCAAUUAAUACUACUUGAUGAAUACAUAUUUUUUUCUGAAUUAUUGACUUGUGUGAACAGAUUUAACCAUGAGUCCCAACGGAGUGUUAUCCUUCGUUGUUUGCGCCACAAGUUUAAUUGUGUACUACAAUAGUUGUCAGUGCGGGUUUGUGUUCGAUGACAUCAGUGCAAUCAAAGAAAACCGCGACUUGCGACCUCACACUCCAAUUCAGAAUCUGUUCGUCAAUGAUUUUUGGGGCACACCAAUGCACAAGGAGCAGAGUCACAAAUCUUAUCGUCCUCUGUGCGUGCUCACAUUUCGAUGGAACUACGCGAUCCAUCAACUGGAACCGAUGGGAUACCAUCUAGUCAACAUGCUCCUACACACCGUUGUCUGCUACCUUUACUUCAAGAUGUGCUGCAUGUUCCUGGCCCCGGCGGCGGGGUUGGCGGCGGCCAUGCUCUUCGCCGUUCACCCCAUCCACACCGAAGCG